AUGCCGUCCUUGAUGCAGAGGAAUCAGAGCGAGCGGUCGUAUUUGCGCGAACCAUUGACGAACUCGUUCCUUGAUGUCUUCGGAUCGAACGCUCGGUUGGACGUCGGAUUACUCGGUGGAGCUGAGGCAGUGUGUGCUAUGAUCGAUACUAGAGAGGAGAACCUCUACAUCGGAGACCCGAGCGAAGGCGAGACGAAGACGGAGCUCGCGGUGCCAACCAUAGACAAUGAUAAUCAAUGGUGUAAUACUGGCACUAUUAUUCACCCGCUGUAUAUCGUCAUCUCAUUCGUCGCGAAAGCUCAUAUGUUAUGGGCUAUAUCACGCCAUUUUCCUCCUUCCUCCCUGAUCUCUCCUUACGACCACCAUACUACACCACGCCACAAACCACGCACCAGCAGCCAGCAGCAACAGCAAGACCAAAGCAGAGAAUCAGCAGCAGCAGUAACAACAGUAACAACAGCAAAAAGAAUGGCGUGGGGCGUGGUGUGGUUCUUGGUCUCGGCGGCGCGAGAGGGCCGCUCGCUGCGCGUGCGGGUGCCGUGGCCAGCGGCGUUUCUGCUUUUCCCCUUUGGGGGCUUGCUUUUGUCUCUCUUCCUCUUCCUCGACGACCGCGAGUUCGUGUGCCGUAUUCACCUCUUCGGAGAGGUACUCUCCCUGCUUCGGCAGUACUUCUGCAGCGGAGCUGCCGCCCGUCUCGACCGGCUCCGAGAGCCAAUCGCCCUCUCCCUCCUCAGCUUCCCUCCCUCUUCGCAUACGAUAUUGCACGUAGACAAGUACUGCUUCAGAGGCGUACGAAGACUCUGCGACGCCCUCGGGCGUUAUGGUUUCCCACAUGCGGAAACCUUGCAGGUGUUCUUCUGCGACUUUGAAGUUCUGAGUCGCUUGAUCUACGAUGAAGACACAAGGAGGUUGAGCGUGGAUGUGAUGGCUUACGACCCGGGAGAAGCCUUGCGCGCUCCGGCGCAUUGGUUGUGGAGAUUCUCGGUUGCGAAGGAGUCUUGA